AUGGAAAUGAGCAGCGCCGAGCUUCGUAACCAAGAUGUGGUGAGAGUGCUGACGAAUGAGCACGCCGAGCGUCAAGGAGAAAAAGGGACAGCAACAGCGACUACGGUGAAGGCUGAAGAUGCAAGCAAGGCAUUCAGCGCCGAGCGUGAGCCCUACCAAUGCACGUAUUGUGGCAAGGUGGGACACACGGUGGAUCGUUACUGGACAAAGCAGAAGAACGAAGGUCGGGGAGCCCGACGUGGCGGCAAUGGUCGUGGACGCGGGGCUAACAAUGUCCAGUGGGGACAUCAUGAUGAAGGCAAUGGCUACGAUCGAGUGGCGUUUGCAGUCUCGUUCGAAUGUGGAGUUUCGACGAGCAAGGACGUGUCUGGAAUGUGGGCCGUCGACAGUGGUACAACGCACCACAUUUGCCACGACAAGACCAAGUUCGCAAGUUUGGCAGAGCGCAAUGAGGGCGAACGCUUGGUGGCUGAUGGCUACAAAGUGGCCAUCAAGGGUGUUGGAACCAUCAUAGAAAAUGUGGUUCUGACCAACGGCGAAGAGCGCGAGAUCGAGAUCAAGAACGCGUUACAUGUUCCCAGUCUGAGCAAGAACCUGCAUCAAUGCCACAGACUAACAGGCAUGACAUGCUACAAGUCGUGUGUGUUUGACGGGUCCAAGAUGUAUGUGACUCUCAAGAACUCACAGAAAGUGUUGGCGACAGCGGAUCUCGUGGAUGGACUUUACUGGCUUCGUCUCAGCGGAUCUCGUAGAUGGACUUUACUGGCUUCGUACGACUCAGCGAUCGACAAAUGUGACACAAGUGAAAACAUUGUGAUGGUCUACAUGCGCGAAUGGGUCACCCCGCUCCAGUCGACGUACUUCGCAAGAUGA